UAUGUUUUUUUCAUUUCAGUUCAUGCCGUUCAGUUGGAAGUUUGUUGAUCAGUUUCACUCUGUUUGGAAUGUUUGCAGUUGAGAAACAAUGUCAGAAUAUCGCCAUGAUCGAAGAGAGCAGGGUCGUCAUAGAGGAGGACAAGAUGACCAUGACGAAAUGCCGGAGCUGUACAACAUAUUCCAUGGAGAGGUUGCAUCUAUUCAAGCUUAUGGUGCAUUCGUGAAAAUACCAGGAUAUAAAAAAAAUGGCCUUGUCCACAAGAGCCAGAUAUCUUCAACUAGAGUGGAAGAUGUCGCUGAAAUCUUGGAGAUCGGGGAUAGAGUCUACUGCAAAGUUAUAUCACUUGGGGAAGAUGGUAAUGGCAAGAUUUCACUGUCCAUGAAAGUCGUAAAUCAAGGAAACGGAAAUGACCAAGACCCAAAUCUCGUUCUAACCAAACAGGAAGAGCAGAGACGAAAGAAAGGCGGGUCUUUUGUCCAACCGAAGAUUGAACUUGGCGCUGUGUUAAACACAGUGUGCAGGAAAUGUGGAACGAAAGGACAUUUGGCCCAAGAUUGUUUCAAAACUCCCGGAGGUAAAUCCUAUGAGCUCCUGGGGGAUGAGGAUUUAAGUCUUCCAAGUAUCCAAGAAGCUAAGACGCCGUCAGCCCACAAGAAGAAAAAGAAGAAAAAGGAGAAGAAAAAGAAGUCAAAGAAGAGUCGUCACCGAUCAGCAAGCUCAGAUUCAUCGAGCUCUGACAGCGACACACCCCAUGACAAACAUAGACACAAAACCAAGAAGUCGAAGAAAAGUCGACAUCGAUCAGCAAGCUCAGAUUCAUCGAGCUCCGACAGCGACACACCCCAUGACCAACAUAGACACAAAACCAAGAAGUCAAAGAAAAGCCGACAUCGAUCAGUAAGCUCAGAUUCAUCGAGCUCCGACAGCGACACACCCCAUGACAAACAUAGACACAAAACCAAGAAGUCGAAGAAGAGUAGUCAUCGAUCAAAAAGCUCAGAUUCAUCAAGCUCUGACAGCGACAUACCCCAUGACAAACAUAGACACAAAACCCCCCAGGCACCUCGUCACACCCCAAGAGAAAGCAGCAACCAACGGCGCAAAUCAAGACACUCCGAGUCUUCCUCAGAUCCUGAUGAAGUUAAGAGACACUCUCAGAAAAACCGGCACGAACCACGGGAGGACAAAUCAUUCAAGCAACAAGUUUCGAGAUCAGACCAUGACAAGUACAUUCAUCAUAAACAAUAUGAUUCAAAAGAUAAGACUGAAGUGACAAGGAAACAUCUUGGAACUCAAGACAGGAAGCGUGGUUCAAAACCAGAUAGUGAGACGUCUAGUGAUGAACACUCCAACAGGCAUCCUAAGAGAGAAAGGCAAGCUGAGAACUCUUCUCACAGAAAUUCACAAAGAACUGGACAGAGAUUCAUUUCUAAAAGUUCACAUGACAAUGAAAAACAUCGUCAUGAUCACAGGCGAGACAGAGACUUUUCUUUUGCAACAAAACGUUGAUCACCAAUCUCAUGUAUGGAUUUUUGGCUUGUCAAGACAGAAAGAGAAGUUCAAAACCUCCAGAUAGUGAGACGUCUAGUGAUGAACACUCCAACAGGCAUCCUAAGAGAGAAAGGCAAGCUGAGAACUCCUCUCACCAAGAUUCACAUAGAACUGAGCAGCCGAACACUUCUAAAAGUACAAGACGGUAAAAAACAUUGUCAUGAUCACAGGGAAGAGAGAGACUUUUCAUUUUGAACAAGAUGUUGAUAACAGUUGAUAACCAGUCAAUGAAAAAAGCAAGACCGCCACAUUUUUCCAGCCAUGAGUUUACAGGCCCGACACUCCUGGCCUCUGACCUCUGACCUGUGUAAAAUUUCAGUCUUGGGACCAAUUUCAUAGAGCUGCUUUCUGGCUGAUGUUGUGCUUACUAUACAAUUUCCAUUUCAUAGAGCUGCUAACCGUAAGCACAAGAAAAGGCCAUGCUAACCUUACU